AUGACGAACUAUAGCCGACUCAGUCCAGCUGUCAUUGUGGCGAGAGGUGCAUGUGCUCCAUUCCAAAUUCGGAACGCAUUACCAGUGUUUCGCGAACCAGUCGAACUGCCAGUAUGGGAGACGAACUUUAAGCGGCUUGUUUACCAUGACACCAGUGGUGAUGCGGAUAAGGGUGAAGAAGGCAAAUUUUGGUUAUGGACACUGUGCAUUGUGAUAGCUUUAAUGUUGAUAUUACUGUUGGCAACUAUUAUCGUUUGCUGUUGUUUCUUGAUCAGUUCACGGUCGGAUAACAAACGUAGCCCAUCACUUUCUGUUCACACUCUCUUGUAA